CGCCAGGUGGGAAGAGGAAUACACGGUGCGCACGCAGCUGCAGGAGCGUGUCAACGAGCUCCAGGAGGAAGCCCAGGAAGCUGAUGCCUGUCAGGAGGAGAUGGCCAUGAAGGUGGAGCAGCUGAAGGCAGAGCUGGUGGUCUUCAAGGGGCUCAUGAGUAACAACCUGUCGGAGCUGGACACCAAGAUCCAGGAGAAGGCCAUGAAGGUGGACAUGGACAUCUGCCGCCGCAUCGACAUCACCGCCAGACUCUGCGACGUGGCCCAGCAGCGCAACUGCGAGGACGUGAUCCAGAUGUUCCAGAAGAAGCUGCCUCUGCACUUGUCUCCCAUUAAGGUCCCCGCCAUGGGGGGGCGGAAGCGGGAGCGCAAGGCCGCCGUGGAGGAGGACAGCUCCGUGUCGGAGCGCGACGGGCCCCGCCAGCCCGAGGGGGACGAGGAGGAGAGCGCAGCCCUCAGCAUCAACGAGGAGAUGCAGCGAAUGCUCAACCAGCUGAGGGAGUAUGAUUUUGAGGACGACUGUGACAGCCUGACUUGGGAGGAGACUGAGGAGACCCUGCUGCUGUGGGAGGAUUUCUCAGGCUAUGCCAUGGCGGCUGCGGAGGCCCAGGGAGAGCAGCAAGAAGACAGUCUGGAGAAGGUGAUUAAGGACACCGAGUCCCUGUUCAAGACCCGGGAGAAGGAGUAUCAGGAGACCAUCGACCAGAUAGAGGCAGCCGUGACCCCUCAGCUGCGGUCGCUCUCAGGCUCUGGAAAGGGGCAGAGGCGGGUUAAAGCCCAGCUCUGUCGCUGCCACCCACUUGUUAGCUUGGAGCACGCUCCUUGUCCUCUGCGCCUGGUUCUUUACUUGUAAUUUGGGGAACCUGACAAUACCUCCCCCAUGGGUUGUUUAAAGCAUCAGUUGCCAACCUUUCUGGCAUCAGGGACUGGCUUCAUGGAAGACAAUUUUUCCACGGACCAGGGCAAUGGUUCCAGGA